UUUUGGUUUGCUACCAUAAAUUCGAGCAAAUAUGAUUAAAUUAUGAAUUUUUUUAAUUGUUUAAUGAAUAUAAAAACAUUUUGAAAUAAAUAUUUAUAUAACACAAUGCAGUGGAAUUACUUAUACUUGGUAUUCAUGUUUUUAUGCUCUGCACACUCCAGAAAGCACAAAUUGGAAAUAAGAGAUGAUUCUAGGCGUUAUAUUGCGUUAAGCACCUUUGGCUUAUAUCAAGGUGGAUUUAUUGACGUAAAUUUACAAAAGUUUCACAUACAUGAACAAAACAUAAAAAGAGAGGUUGGAUUUUCAAUUGAUAGAACUAUAAGCAAUGCUAUGAAUCCUUAUCUUGACAGUCAUCAAGAUACAUGUUUGUUAGAGGAUCCUUUAUCUUCCCACAAUGAAGGCUCAAUUAUUUUUUUUAAAUUGGAUCUCAAUAAUAACAACUUGAAUGUAGAAUGCAGUAGAGGUCUGCAGUUCUUACAAAUAUACAAAAACAUGGAAGAAUUUCGGAAGGUUGUGAAUUCGAUGAAUUAUGCAGAAAAUAUAGAUCACAAGAGAAGUGCCCGAAAUGCAUCUGUUCAAGAUAUUCAGAGAAAGCCAUCUUGUAUAAACCUUUCGUUGCCUUUGAAAGUUUCAGAAAAGGAUGAUGUCCAAUAUAUCGAAACCAAUUUUGUCAUAUACAUACCAACAUCACACGAAGAAGGGCUGUAUAAUUUAUAUUUUCAUAACUGUUUAAACUAUCACAAUCAACAUGUUAAAUUGGAUUUCAAUAUAGUGAUAGAAGAAAAUAACAAUGGUAAUUUUUUGUCAGCUGGAGAGAUGCCCCUCCCCACACUAUAUUUUUGUAUGGCUUUACUAUUCUUUUUAUCUGGAUGUUUUUGGACUUUUGUUUUGAGAAGAAGCAAGCAUCCUGUUUUUAAAAUUCAUUAUCUCAUGUCAAUUCUUGUUUUUUUAAAAGCAAUGUCUUUAUUGUUCCAUGGAGUUAAUUUUCAUUUUAUUGCAACUAAAGGAGAACAUGUUGCUACUUGGGCAAUAUUAUACUAUGUAACACAUUUAUUAAAGGGUGCAGUGUUGUUUAUAACAAUUGUUUUAAUUGGCACUGGAUGGACGUUUAUAAAACAUAUUCUAGCGGACAAAGAUAAGAAAUUAUUCAUGGUUGUCAUUCCUCUACAGGUUUUAGCCAAUGUGGCUGAAAUUAUUAUAGAAGAAAGUGAGGAGGGUGAUAUUGAGCAUAGAACAUGGAGAGAUGUUUUCAUAUUAGUAGACCUCUUAUGCUGUGGAGCAAUUUUAUUUCCAGUUGUAUGGUCCAUAAGGCAUCUUCAAGAAGCAUCACACAUAGAUGGGAAGGCAGCAGUCAACUUAAGAAAGUUGAAAUUAUUUCGACACUUUUAUGUUAUGAUAGUGUGUUAUAUUUACUUUACUAGGAUUAUUGUUUAUUUAUUGAAGAUCACUGUCCCCUUCCAGUAUGAGUGGUUAGAUGAAAUGUUUAGGGAAUUAGCAACAUAUGCAUUUUUUGUUUUGACCGGAUAUAAAUUCAGGCCUGCAUCAGCUAAUCCAUAUUUUUCAAUGAGCACUGAAGUUGAACCAAUGGAUGAGGUUUUAACUGAAUCUGGUGCCCUAGAAGGUUUGAAUAAGUUAACAAAUCGUCUUACGAGUAUGCAGAGUCAGGAAUUUUCUGAAAAUGAUGAUAUAGAAAGAGAGCAAUUAUUGAGUAAGCGUGAAAGCAGUCACGAAUAUGAUUGA